GCGCUACAGAAUAAAAGACCACAGCCUCCAGCCUCCCCACACACCUGCUUCUGCCACCUCUGUGAACACUCACAAACAUCCAGAACAGUCACCAUGGUGCAUCUGACUGCUGAAGAGAAGGCUGCUAUCACUGGCCUGUGGGCCAAAGUGAAUGUGGAAGAGACUGGCGGAGAGGCCCUGGGAAGGCUCCUGGUGGUCUACCCCUGGACCCAGAGGUUUUUUGACACUUUUGGCAACCUGUCAUCUCCGUCUGCCAUCAUGGGCAACCCCAAGGUGAAGGCUCAUGGCAAGAAGGUGUUGACCUCCUUUGAAGACGCUAUUAAGAACAUGGACAACCUCAAGGACACUUUUGCUAAGCUGAGUGAGCUGCACUGUGACAAGCUGCAUGUGGAUCCUGAGAACUUCAGGCUCCUGGGCAAUGUGAUGGUGAUUGUGCUGGCUUCUCACUUCGGCAAGGACUUCACCCCUCAGGUGCAGGCUGCUUGGCAGAAGCUGGUGUCUGGCGUGGCCACUGCUCUCUCCCACAAGUACCACUGAGUCAGUCUUCUUUCCAGUUCCUCCAAUGCCCUUGUUUCCCCAGUGCUUUCUUGAUGUGUGUGGGGACUGGAAUUGGCCUUGACAAUACCACAGUUUCUGUUCAAUAAAGUACAUUCUUAUUCAUUAACCAGAAAUUCUUGUUUCAUCUCCAUU